AAAAGAAACCUAUGAUCUAAGAAAAGGGGUCUCUUUAAAUGAGAUAUAAGAGACCCCUUGUUAAAAAAUGAGGUUCCUUAUUUAGUAUUAAAAUUUAACCAAACUUAAGGAACCUUUUAUACCCAAAACCGGUUUCUUAUGUUUUAUUUAUUAAAUUAAAAAAAAUGAAAAAAUAAAAUUGGUAAGUGCAAAACUAGCUGCUUAUUUCAUUCACCUGUACAUUAAUCAUUUUGCGCUUUACCGUACCGCCACUACUACACUCAACCUUCCAUCUUCCUCCAUUACCUCCAAUUACAAUCAACCUCCCAUCUUCCUCCAUUCAACCAAUUUCGCAUAAGCCCUUGCCCAUCACAAAAGUGAUUGCUCAUUCUCUUAUCAGCCUACUAAAGCCACCAUCGCCACUUUUCUCAAGUUUUUGUGUCGUCUAAAUUACCGCCGGCACCGCCACAGAAGCCACCAAAACCACCACCGCCACUGAAGCCACCGCUCAUCAUCUCUGCAGAAUUUACAUGUUGUUUCAUUCUUGCCCAUUUUGUGUGGAUUUGCAUUGGACAUAUCAAUUAUUUCGACUUUUUUAUUGAGGUGCUACAUAUUUUGAUAAGAAAGGAUUUGAUGUACCAGAGAAGUGCAAAAAAUAUAUCUUAGGGAGGGCUUCUAUUCGAUGGAGGGCCUUCAAAACAAGAUUGAGAAAGUACCGGCUAUACAAGGUAUGGUAUCUAAUGCAAAGGAAUUAAGCAAAAAGAAUCGAGAAAGGUCAUUGAAAAAGAAUACAAGCUACCGAGGAGGCAGACUAGGAUACCUUUACUAUGAAGAAGAGAUCGUAAAAGAACUUCUGAACAAAGGGAUUCAUGUCACACAAGUUCCUCGACAUUUAGUUUGGCUCAAAGCCCAUUCUAAAGAAAAAGAUGGCCAAAUGGUAUUUGAGAAUCCUGCUGAUGAUAUAAUCACGCAAGCAAUUCGUACGUUGGAUGCCCAAGCUCAAAGAGGAGAAAUAACCGCCAAGGGUCGGGAUGACGUAUUAGCUAAAGCAAUAAAUAAGCCUGAGCAUGGUGGUCGUGUAAGGGCUGUUGGAUCGAGCGUUUCAAAUAAGGCAUAUUUUGGGUACAACCAACCAACAGCUCCAAAUCGUAUGCAGGCACAAGUCAAUUAUCUGAUGAAAGAGAUGGGUACUAUGAGAAAUGAUCAAAACUUUUUGAUGUCUUAUAUUAUAUCAAGUCCUAAUUUCAACCCAGAUCAAUUUAGACAAUUCAUGACAAGUGGUGGUGCUUUAGGUGGCCAAAGGUCGGUGAGUACUCCAUUUGGGAGUUAUGUUGCCCUACUUGGUGGCCAAGGGUUGGAUGCUUCCCAAUUUGGUUUCCCUAUGCAAGGGUUUGGUGGUCCUCAAUUUAGUGCUCUUAAUGGACAACUUAGUGGCUCAAGUGGCCAAGUAGGUGGAUGUGAUGUCAAUAAUGUUGGUUUUAACGGCCUUAGUGCUCAUUUAAGUAAACAUGUUGGCAGAGACAAUGUAGACCUUGAAAUAAAUGGUACUUUGGAACCUAACCAGGAGGAGAUUUUGCCUUACCAUGUUCAUUGGCCCGAGCAACACUUAAUGCGAAGUGAUCAAGAAAUAGAGCAAAAUCGUGCUUCUUCUCCUCAAAUAAGUCAUGAGCUAAUUGAUGAUGAUCCGAUUACUCAUAAUCAAUUUAGAAGUGGUCUGACAAGGCAUGAUCCAGUGUCAUUGAACAUACUCUUCCCGAGAUACAUUAUUCUUUUUCAAUUAUUUAAUACUCAACCGCAUUCUUAGCCUUAUUAUAAGUAUUUCUCAUGGUAUAUCAAUUCAAAUUGUAUAUGAUAAGGGUUGGAGUGAUUGUUCUUGGGCAAUUCAAAGUGAGAAGGAGCUACAUAUUGUUGCCAAAGGAAAGGUGGAAAAAAGAAAAUCAGAACAAGUAAUUACUGUUCAUAAUGUUAAGACUGUGACUGGUCUUCUACGAGUCUCGGUUGAUCAAGUGGUGAUGCCAGCAGCUCUUAUGCCAUGUCCAACCUCAGAGUUCACGUAUGUGUCUCAAGCUAAGGGUAGUUUUGCUCCCUGGCCAAGUCACUUGAUUUUUCCAAUGAUGAAGCAAAACUACUUGAUCAACCCCUGACUACUCCAUCCCCAGAAAUACCAUCAUCAUAAGCAUCCACUACCCAUAAGUAUGCCAUCAGAGAUGAGGAUUGUGCUAAGUUAACUACCAGUUUGUUGCGAAAAUUCAAAAUUGAAGCUAGGAGAAUGAAAGAAAAUGAUGAUUGCAUAUCAAUAACAAUCCCAACAAGUGUGUAUGGACAUGAGCAGAAACUUAAAAUUGAUUAUGCAUACAUUUUUGACUGGUGCUUCAAAGAGAGAUUGGAGCUUCACAUUUGUUUAUCUUUAUGAAGUACUUGAGCGAAAUGUGUAAACAAGAUAAUGUUGCUGGAAUGUAUGGAUUUUGCGAUAUUGGUUGUUUAUCUCCGCUGACACCAAUGACUGAAGAAGGACGGUCAGACUAUUUAGCAAGUGUGUUUGGUCAAAAUGAAGGGAAGAAUCUUAAUCAACUUUUCUUUGCUCCGUAUAAAGAAAAGUAAGUGUGAAUUAUAUAUAAAACUAUUUUUUGGGAUGUUCAAUGAUAAUAAUGUCAAUGUUACUUCUCUUACUAAUGUUACAUAUAGUAGGCAUUGGAUGGUUGCGAUCAUUAGUCCUUGGAAUGCAAUGGUGUUUUGGCUAGAUCCAGAUGGAGCAGAAAAUGAAAUUAGUGAAUUUGCUCAAAAGACCAUCAAUGAGUGUGUAGUACAUCACAUAUUCAUUAUAUCUACAUAUAAUGUGCUUAAAAUCAGUUUGCUUUCUUUGUGUUGUGAAUGUUUAAUUUAUGAGGACGUAUAUUGCAAUAUCGAUAAUUACUAAUUUAAUUUUUUUAUAUUACAUUUUUUUAGUGGGAUAAAAAAGUUUAGCCAAAAACAUCGAAAAGACAUUAUCAAGAUAAAAAAGAAUUAUCAUGUGACAUAAUUAAUUGUUUAUUUUUGCAAGUGUCCUCGUCAAUCAAUAAAUUCUUGCGAUAGUGGAUACUAUGUGUGCCGCUACAUGCUUGAGACUAUAGACAAAAGACGACAAGUGAUUCCUGAUCAGUACUUUACCGGAGUAUCUUCUUCUUAUUCUCAAGCAAAGAUUGACAAGCUAAGAGACUUAUGGGUUGAUUAUGUGAACGAGCAUAAGCAAGUCGGUGAAGAAUAUGACGAUGGUGUGGAUUAUGAUGAGUAAAUUUAUAUGCAUCGCGCUACCAUUACAAUUCGAAGCUAUGGACCACAUCUCUACAUCAAAGAAGGCAGCCGCCCUUCUUCGGACCUCUAUUAUGAGCCUCAAGUGGCCAUCAUCUGAUUCUCUUGCCAAGGAGACGCCCAAGGUGAGCUCUGAUCUUUCGAGUUUUUAUCUGAAAUCCUCUUUUUGCCAGUACUAACUUUCUAUGCUUUUGCAGAUGGGCUCGUCCAAACCCUCUUCCUCCCAGCAGUCGGACUCAAAGGUUCAGAAACCGACAGCUAGGAGUACGCCUGGCUCUGCCAGGAAGCAGGCGGCUGAAAAACAGCCGCACACCCCACAAAGUGGGGGAAAACAAACACAUGUCCCAAGGGAUAGCCGACCUCCAAGAGGUAUAACCAGCUCUCUCGAUCUUUGUUUGAUUUUUCUUACUUUGAUAUUCUUUCUUUUGUUUUUUUUUUUUUUUUUGUUUCGGAAUACAGGCGGCCAUCAAGAACCAAACAUGGUCCAAAUGGUCAAGUAUAUGGUGAAAGCCAUCCCUCUAGAGGAGAGGGAUGCAGUCAAGGGAGUCGGCACCCUUGACCUCGACGGAAUCAUGAGUCUCCUCCCCAAGACCAUGCUUCGUGUACAUGGCCUCCGUAGGCCGAUUAACGCCAAAAACAAAGAGGCGGCUGCCACUUCGGAGAUCAAAGACAAGUUGGAGGCGGCCAAUAAAAAGAGCCAAGAGCUGGAGAAGACGGUCAAAAGCCUCCAGGACGAGUUGCAGCCACUUAAGAACAUUGCUCAUAGGGCUAAGAGUCUCCAGAAGUCUUUGGACAAGGUUAAGGAGCACCUAGAGAAGUAGGAGGCGGCCAUCACUGAAGAGCUCAAGGCCAAGGCUGAGAUUGAGAAGAUGGCUUUAGCUCAAGCCAUGAUGGAGGACUCGGCCAAUAUUAUGAAGAUGACCUGGUCGGCUCUCUUUCCAAAAGCUAACUAUGCCGAAUGGGAUUCCAAGUUCACCGCCUGUACUGAAGAGUACAAUAGAAGAAUCAUGCAGCAGGCGUCUGACGAGGAUGAAAGAGAAGAGGAGGAGGCGGCUAGCUCCAACUCAGGCGAGGAUGAGGAGAUGGUCGAUCAGCCAACGGAGGCGGUUGCUCCUAAGGAUCCUGCCCCUGAAAACGAGUCAAACAAAGAGGAUGCCUUGAAGGAUCCGGCGCCCGUAAUUGAGCUCGAUCAGGCGACAGUUAACUCCGAAGCCCCUCCCAUUGUUUAAAGCUUUUAUUUUUCCAACUUUUCUCCGGCCUGUGUGUCGUUUGUAUGUGAAUUUUCUUUACCCGACCAUGGGGUCGGGGUUAUGAAUAUUUUGCUGGUCAUCAUGGCCGGCUGUUUUAUUAUGAAGCUGGCGACCACUUUUUGGUCGUCUU